AUGUUUGUUAAAAAGGCAGAUGGAUCCCUUCAAUUGGUGGUGGAUUAUAGAAAGCUUAACAACGUCACCCACAAAAAUGUCUACCCGCUUCCCAGGCAGGACAACCUAAUGGCUAAGCUCCAAAACGCCAAACUGUUCACCAAGCUGGAUCUACACUGGGGUUAUAACAAUGUACGGAUUAAGGAAGGGGAUGAAUGGAAGACGGCUUUCAGAACCAAGUACGGGCUCUUUGAAUAUUUGGUGAUGCCCUUUGGCCUUACAAACGCCCCUGCCACCUUCCAACAUUUCAUGAAUGAUCUGUUCAGGGACCUCAUUGAUGUCACAGUGGUCAUCUACUUGGACAAUAUCCUGAUCUUCUUGGAGAAACCAGAAGAACACCCCACCCAUGUGAGGGAGGUCCUAUCCAGACUAAUGACAAAUCAACUCUUCUGCAAAUUAUUGAAGUGUCACUUCCACGUUACCACAGUUGACUACCUUGGUAUUGUAAUCUCACCAGCAGGGUUCUCCAUGGAUCAGAAGAAGAUUGAGGCAGUAACCUCUAUUGCACGUCCCCUGCACAAUCUCACUUGGAAGGAAACCCCUUGGUUAUGGGGUGAUUCAGAAGAAGGGGCUUUCCAGGAAUUAAAAAACCUUGUCACGCAGUCACCGGUACUAAUCCAUUCCAAUCCGGAACUUCCUUACUACCUAGAGACAGACGCGUCAGGAGUAGCCAUGGGCGCCAUACUAAGUCAAAGGGGAACAGACAACUGGCUACAUCCUAUUGCAUACAUGUCAAAAUCUUUCUCAGGAGCAGAAGCCAACUAUGAUACCCACAACAAAGAACUCCUAGCCAUCAUCAAGGCCCUGGAGGAAUGGCGUAUCUUCCUGGAAGCAACGGAUAAGCUGGUCCAAGUAUUCACAGACCAUUGCAACCUAGAGUACUGGAUGCAGGCAAGGACAUUCAACCAACAACAUGCUAGAUGGCAAGUUUUCCUGAGCAACUUCAAUUUUGAAAUCCAUUACCGCCCUGGAAAACAAUCCAGAAAACCAGACGCCCUGUCCAGACGUUUGGAUUAUGUGGAUACACAACAGGAACCAGAAGUCAUGCUCCCAACCAAAGUCUUUGUUAACACAUCAGAAGUGGAACUGGAAUUAGUCUCAGAAAUCCGCUCAAAACUGAAAGAUGACCCUUCCCUUGAAUCCAUCAUCCAAUUCCUGACUGAAGACGCCAAUAACGCCCCACCUUCCAUCUGCAAGGCUUAUUGA